CACAGAACACAGUGAACCAGCAGAUGAACAGAAGCAUCUCUGCAAGACUUCACAAACCAUUUACAGGAGGGCAAGAUGAAGUGUUUGGUCUGGCUCAGUAUUCUUCUUUGCCUCUUUGCUUGUCAUCUCAGUGAGGCCAGAGUCAUCCCAGAAGGAGUGCCAUACGAUCAACCACCGGCUGUUCCCUACUGGCCUUACUCCACCUCUGACUUCUGGAACUACGUUGAAUACUUCAAAUCCAUCGGCGCCUACAACCACAUCAACGAGAUGGCCCGGGCUUUCUUCGCCCACCAGCACCUCGGAGACACCCUGGGAUACGAGACCAACAUGGGACAUGAACACUGAGGGGGGGUGAAAGGAGCCGGGAGAGGGAGGAAAAAGGCUGAGGGAGAGAUUUUCAAAGUAAAUAAAUGUCUUAUGCUGUGAGAAAGAGGAGACCAUUAAGAAAGAAGGAAGUUAAAAUUAAGAAAAUAGCAGAAAAUUAAAUAAAGGAAAGAUAGCAAAUUAUUCUCCAAGCAUAACACUGUGUGUGUUAUUAUAGCAUAGCCA